GGGUCGUCGUAUGUGGGGAAGAGUUUGUUUGCGAAUGCAUAGACAACAAAAACCACGUAGUGAGAAAAAGGUACGAGGAUGUACUCCGCACACAAUGGAGGGUGCAUGGAAAGGUACUUUGCUAACCAGGUUUGUUGGGUCAAGACAAGAUGGGUUCCCGCGUUGCUCGCCAAUUACUCAGGGCGCCCAUUCGGCUCUUUCCAACCCAUAUCCUCACUCACACGCAACAACUCUUUCUCUCUCACUUAUCCACUUUAUCCACUAUGUCCACACAUUGCUGCCGCCUCAGAUUGUUGUCCAUGCCAGUUUCUGUGCUCCUCACAAUGCUCACGGCUUCCUUUUGUACCUCCAUCGUCCUGGCCAACGAUCCCCAUAUACCUCAUACCACAGUCCAAUCCAGAGAGCUGGGAUACCCAUGCAAGCAAUGCUGGAGCACGUUCUUUCUUUUUUUUCUUUUUUUUCUCCUGCUCGCUCGAUUUCACUCCCUCGCAGCUGUCCUUUAUGCAGAAUGCUGGAAUACCUCCACUGGUAAUGGCGUGGCAUGAAAAAAGGAACCCGCGUCAUAAUGCCAGCUCCUAUGCUGGCUGGAUCAUUGGUGUUUUUCUGCGUACACAGCAAUUGUCUCAUAUGCGGUGCGGUCCAUUGCCGAUAGUUGAUGUCAAAGUGUCCUGCCGUAGUUGCCCCCAUGAUGAUGGACGAUAACCAGAAUGCCCACAGCCCAUUACUGCGUCCUUAACGGAUCUAAAAUUGGAGGAAGAGUGCGCUGUCUGAUACGUUGGACGACUUACGAGAAUAACCGGAUCCAUCA